AUGUGGAAGUUGGUGCUGCCAUUAUUUUGCUGUUUAGCAAAUGUCCUAGGUAAGGACUCGCGCGUUGUAAAUACAGCGCAAGGACCAGUGCGCGGCCGCCUGCUCCCCGGUGGGGGGGUCUACGGAUUCUAUAACAUUCCUUACGCAUCUGCCCCUACAGGGGCGGAUAGAUAUAAGGCACCCCGUCCUCCACCAACAUGGGUAACAAUAUUUGAAGCUGAAGAUCGCAAGAUUAUAUGUCCGCACCGACGAUCUGGUGACCCUAUGAAUGCCCUGGAAGACUGUCUUGUAGUCAACGUGUUUGUUCCUGAUACAGCAGACACUAACUUACCUGUACAUGUCUUCAUUCACGAUGGAGCUUACCAAUUUGGUUUUGGUUUACAGAAAACUUUUACAGAAUUAGUAAAAAGGCAAAACAUUAUUUCAGUAUCCUUUAACUACAGAUUAGGAGUUCAUGGCUUCCUAUGUCUUGGCACUGAAGCUGCUCCUGGCAAUGCGGGGCUGAAGGAUAUGGUGGCACUCCUGCGUUGGGUAAACACCAACAUUGCUAGUUUCGGGGGUAAUCCUGAUGAUGUGACUUUAUCUUCCUGUAGUGCUGGAUCUGGUUCCUUGGAUUUCCUUACUGUUUCGAGCCUUACCGACGGACUUUUUAAGAAAGUAAUACAGGAGAGCGGUACUGUCAUUGGUGCUGUCGGGGCACAAGUCGAUCCUGUUCAGAAUGCUAGGAACUACGCCGCGGUACUAAACUUUGACAAUGUCAACGAUUUGGACAGUUUAGAAGAAUUCUACAAGAGUGUUUCCAUUGAGCAACUAAUUUCACGAACUGAUGCUAUAAUAAAUAAUGAAGGCGUUACUGCAAGAUUUGGACCAUGUGUAGAACGGGACUUUGGACAAGAAAUAUUUAUAUCAGAAUCUCCUAUGAAUAUAUUAUCACGAGGGAACUAUACGAAGGUGCCUCGGAUGUAUGGGUUCACUACCAUGGAUGGUUCAGUUAGAUUGAGUGUUUUCGACACUUGGAGAGAAAUGAUGAACGAAAAGUUUUCAGAUUUUUUGCCAUCAGAAUUACACUUUGAUAAUGAAGAAAUUAAAGAGCAAGUUGCCCAGAGGGUGAAACAAUUUUAUUUCGCAGAUAGUCCCGUGGGUGACCAUAAUAUUGUGUCUUACCUUAAUUAUAACACUGAUGUAUUAUUUGCAUAUCCAAUGUUAAGAACCCUUUCCACUCGUGUGGGUGCUCUCGGAGAUCCGAUAUAUUUGUUUGAAUACUCUUUUGUGGAUGAAAAUUCUCCAGUUUUACCUCAAACUGAUGAAAAUGGUGCGAGACAUUGUUCUCAAGAAAGAAUAGUCGCGGAUGGAGAUGUUACUGCUGCUACAGACGAAUAUAGGCGAAUGCAAGAAAUUAUGAGAGUUUAUUGGAUGAACUUCAUUGCUAAUGGAUACCCAUCAUCUAACGAUCCAAGUUUGCCGACGUGGACACCUGCGAAUGCUCAAAGAGCUCCUCACAUGUCCUUGGGUCGAAAUAUAGAGCUGAGGAAUGCCAGUCCUAUUGCGGAGAGAGCCGCUUUCUGGGAUGAAAUCUUCGAUGAAUAUUUCCGAGGGCCUAUUAUAGACACAGAUUCCAUUCCUUCUACUUCUACCUCUGCUUCUACUUCUUCUUCUACUUCCACUUCUACUGAUACGCCUACUACUACUCCUGCUCCUACUCCCAGCGCCGCCUCUUCUUUAGUUAUAUCAAACUUCAUUUUCGUAUCUUUAUUGUUAUCUUUUUAUUUUACUUUGUACUUGUAGUGAGUUAAGUUUUACUAAAUAAAUAUCUAUUUUUAUAU